ACGGAUCCAGGUGACCAGUUUUUUUCUACCAUGUUGUCAUCUGGAAUUUUGUUUUGUAGGCAGUUGUGUUGAUAUCUGUAUAAAACUAGGGUUGCCAUCUUUUCCCCCCUGUCAGGGUUCCUCUUCUUUGAAGCCUCCAUCAUAGAAAUUCAACAGGUGAAGGAAACUACUCAUCACUGCACCUCCGUGCCAGAAAAACCUUCAUUUGCUGAAUUUCUGCUUUUUGCACAGCUGUCAAAACCACAGGAGCUUUGCUAGAACAAAGAUGGCCCCAUUUGUAGACUGUUAGAGUUGGAGGGGAUAUUGUAGUCCAACCCUCUGCUCCGUGCAAGAAACUGCUACAGCUUCCCUCACAGAUGGCCAUCCAGUCUCUGCUUGAAGACUUCCAGUCAGGAUGAAUUCAAAAAAGAACUUGGACUUGAAAAUAAUUAUCAUUGGUGCUGCAGGUGUAGGGAAAACUUCUCUCCUCCAUCGGUAUGUUCACAAACAAUUUUAUGAAGACUAUCGAACCACCCUGGGAGCCAGUGUCUUAACUAAGAUGGUGGUGGUGGACAACACUCCAUUAAAACUGCAGAUUUGGGACACUGGAGGACAGGAGCGAUUCCGGUCUGUAGUUUCAACAUUCUACAAAGGUUCUGAUGGCUGCGUGCUGGCCUUUGAUGUCACGGACAUGGAUUCCUUUGAGUCUUUGGAUGACUGGAGGGAAGAUUUUCUUCAGAGAGUCAUCCCUGUGGAGCAAGACUUCCCUAUGGUUGUGCUGGGGAAUAAAAUUGAUCUUAGGAACCGACAGGUGUCCAAGGAGGCAGCUUCAUCUUGGUGCAAAGCAAAAGAUAUUACUUAUUUUGAAGUUAGCGCCAAGAAUGAUAUCAAUGUAGUACAUGCCUUUGAGACCCUGGCAAAGCAAGCGCUAUCAAGGAGCAAAGGGAUAUAUGAAAACUACCUAACAGAUUCCAUAAAGCUCACCCCUGAAGACCAGCCCAGUACAAAAUGCUGCUGAGAUAUCAUUUGGAAAGACAUUUCCAUACACUUCUGCAUGGAACGGAUAUAGCUGCUGAAAUGCCCCUCUUGGGUUUUGCCUAUUAGGGAUCAAGGAUUAACUGCAGCACUCUGUGCCAGCAGAGAGAGGAAAACUGCAGAUAAUACUAAGUGGAUGGAAACCAGCCUAAUGCAUAUGGAGUUGCACAUUGUGGUUCUGGUCCUUACUACUUAAUUAAUAUUUUCAAAUGCAAUUUUGAAGCUCACAUUCAUCCUUCAGAGAAUGUCAAUGAAAUGACAUGGUGCAUUUGUCUGAUCUCCAUGAUCUCAUUUUGAUGUUGUCUCCCACUUUUUGCCUUUUUUGUCAAUAGACUUCAAAAUUACAUAGCUUAGGCUCUGGUAUUUUGGCAUGCGUAUAGAAUGUGCAUGCCUGAAUGAUGGUGUGGCAUGAACCAGGACACAACCUUCAGUGACCUCUGUUGAAAACAUAAUCUUAGCUGAUCAAAACACAUCAAAAAUGCAAAACGUUAAUGUCUGUGCAGAAAAUAUGCAGUAGCUAAAAAUAAUAAUCACAUAAGAACAGCCCUGCUGGAUCAGGCCCAAGGCCUUAGUCCAGCAUCCUGUUUCACACAGUAGCCCACUUGAUGCCUCUGGGAAGCCACAGGCAAAAGGUGAGGGCAUGCCUCUGAGGCUGGAGGUGGCCUAUAGCCACCAGACUAGUAGCCAUUGAUAGACCUGUCCUCCAUGAAUUUGUCUAAGCCCCUUUUUGAGCCAUCCAAGCUAGUGGCCAUCACUACAUCCAAUGGCAGAGAAUUCCAUAGAUUAAUUAUGUGCUGUGUAAAAAAGUACUGCCUUUUGUUAGUCCUAAAUUUCCUGGCCUCCAGUUUCAUGAGAUGACCUCCUGGUGAUCACAAGUCACCUUAAACUAAAGGGACAGAGUUGUUGUUUUAUUUAAUUGUAUGUUGUUCUUGGGAAAGAGGGUUGCUUAGCUGCCAGAACAGAGUUCAAAUCAUUAGUCUCCAGGUCUAGUUCCAGUUUUUGCUUUCAUCCCUUCUCAGACUUGGCAUGUUUGCAGAUUUACAUUGAACACGUGAAGUUGCCUUGUAUGGAGUCUGACCAUUAGUCCAUCCAGCAGCUCUCCAGGGUCUUGUAUAGAGAUCUUACCGAGCUUUGCUACCUAAGGUGUUUUAAAUGGAAAUGCCAGGGAGGCCUUCUUGCAAGGCAUGUGCUAUAUCCCAGAUGUGAGCCGCCCUCUCUGAAGCUGCAGUUUCCCCUAUAGAAUUUAGCUCCACCCUUCUUAAGCACAUACAAGAGAGGGGCAUUUCUGGUACAUACAUAGAGACCUUCAGGUAACUGGCAAGAAUUCCCAUAACUGUUGGGGCAUGGAAAAACAUGUAGCAGAGGUCAGAGGCGUAUCUAGGGAAAAUAGUGCCUAGGGCAAGCACUGAAAUUGCGCCCCUUGUCCAAGCAUCUGACACCCGUCUUUCAGAUAACUUUACCAUAAUAUCAGCUGAAAAAUACAAGUCAGGCUCGUUAAUCUUUUACUCUUUCAAAAACUAUUUUAGCAGUGGACUUAGCCAGACCAAAAAAUGCUGGAAAACUACAAAUUUCAGUAUGCUGGAGCUCAUGAAAUACCCAAAUACUAUGUGGAGGUGUACUUGGAAAACUAAACAGAAGUGCCUGUCUAAUUCUCUACUAUGCAUUGUAGCAUCACCAUUACAUAAGUUUUAAAAAUAAAUGGAGAAUUUGAUUUUUCCCAGAUACUCUGAAAAUAAUUAAAGGAUAUCCAGAGUAAA